UCCUUCCUUGCCAAAAUCUCAGAAGCAACCUAACUUAUUGUCACCAAUCUGUUAGAUUCUAAAUCAGUAAAGACUUAGAAAACUAGAGGCGUGAAAAUGGCUUCCACGGGAAAGACUCCAUUGAAUCCAUUGAAUCAUGACUUUGUCGAUGAAAAUAAAGAAUAUGCAAAGAUAGUACUCUCAAAGAAUAAAAGUCAGAAAGAAACAACCCUGAGAGACAUAAAUUUCAAAGACUACGAGCAGUAUUUAGAAAAGACCCUCACAGAAACAUCAGUGGAAAUAAGGAUCCAAAUCAAGGAUGAAUGGUAUGGAUAUGGUUUUGAUAUACCAGGAGGACAUAAAAUUUACCCAGACAAAACAGUUGUAGAGACAACUGAGGAUACAAUCAAGGUCAAGAUUUUCAAGGAAACAAAAUUCCGUCUGAAGGACGCCAUGAUGAGUUAAACCAGACCUACUAAGUGUGACAAACACAGACCAAUAAUGUGUAUGGAGUAAAAAGAACUUUGUAGGUGGUGACAGCUACAUGAAUAUCUACAUUUUCUGUAAUUAUGUAUUCUGUAAUUAAU